UUCUCUUCCCAGAUGGUGUUUGCCUCAGAUGAUACUCUUGCUCCUGGUCUAGGGACCACAUCUCUCCCACCAGAUGCAUCAACAACAUGGGACCCAGAAACAAAACAGACGUUUCAGAAUUUCUUCUCAUGAGACUGACAGAGGAUCCAGAACUGAAGACCAUACUCUUCAGCCUGUUCCUGUCCAUGUACCUCGUCACCGUCCUGGGAAACCUGCUCAUUGUCCUGGCUGUCAUCUCUGACUCCCACCUCCACACACCCAUGUAUUUCUUUCUCUCCAAUCUUUCCUUUACUGACAUCUGUUUAAGCACAACCACAAUCCCAAAGAUCCUGGUGAACAUCCAAAAACAGAAUCAGGGCAUCACUUAUGCAGGCUGCAUCAGCCAGAUCUGCUUUGUCCUGACUUUUGUUUGUUGGGAAAAUUUUCUCCUUGCCGUAAUGGCCUAUGACCGCUAUGUGGCCAUUUGCCAUCCACUGAGGUACAGAGUUAUCAUGAACCCCCGACUCUGUGGACUGCUGAUUCUACUCUCCUUGUUCAUUAGUAUUGUGGAUGCCUUGCUCAACAGUCUGAUGGUGUUGCGACUGUCCUUCUGCACAGACCUGGAAAUCCCUCUUUUCUUCUGUGAAGUUGUUCAGCUCAUCAAGCUUGCAUGUUCUGAUACCCUCAUCAAUAAUGUUCUGAUAUAUUUUGCUGCUAAUGUAUUUGCUGGUGUUCCACUUUCUGGAAUAAUUUUCUCUUAUAUUCAAAUUGUUUCCUCUAUCUUGAGAAUGUCAUCAUCAGGGAGAAAGUAUAAAGCUUUUUCCACUUGUGGGUCUCACCUCUCAGUUGUUACCUUGUUCUAUGGGACAGCUUUUGGAGUGUAUAUUAGUUCUGCAGUGACAAACUCUUCCAGGAAGAUGGCAGUGGCUUCAAUGAUGUACACUGUGGUCACUUCCAUGAUGAAUCCCUUUAUUUACAGCCUGAGGAACAGGGACAUGAAGGGAUCCUUGAGGAAACUCAUUGGUAGGAUACCUUCUUUCCUGUGAUUGUGUCAUCUAAUUUAGGCUGGGUUCACUAGAAUGAGCCAGAAUGCCUGACUCCUCCAUCACCAAGUUCUUCUUAAAUGAAUAGGUAUUAUGAUGGCUAAGUGCACUUUAACUGAGGGUGAAACCUGACUUGCUCUUUGUCUAGCUGUGUGAUGUUUGACAAAUGAUUUCCAUUGUCUAAGAUAAGUUUCUUUGUUCAGGCUUCAUAGAAGCUGAAUCUGAGGCAGGAGUUUCUUGGUAUAGUAAUUUUGUGAGAAUGUUCUCAGCACAAAGGAAGUGAAAGGAGGUGGAUAGGUCAGGGAAAAGACUUAAACAGGGCUGUGGUCAUCGCAGAGACUAGAUUCUGCCUGAUCCCAUGGAUAGCGCCAUGUGAAUUGCACCCAACAGUUAAGCCUACUAUGAGAUGUGGUGGCUGAUCUUUCAUACCUUACUUCAGUAAUUACUGACAAUGGUCAGUGGUAAAUUGUACAUGUGCAACAUUAGCAUCCACAAUACUCAGCUUCAUCAUCUGUAAAAUCACUGUGAUUAGGUUAUAUGAGUGGUUUGAAAUGAUUGUGAGAUAUUUGAACUUGAUGAGUGAGGCAGACUUAGUUUCUAACAAGAGAAAGAAAUCUUGACUCUAAUAUGCUCAAACAAUAAAGAGAGUUUAUAAAAGAGAGAGUUAUCUUUCAUUACAAGGACUUGAGAGGUAGGGAAUGUACAGGAGUGAGAGAGUAGAGAUUUGUUCAGUCCUCUAUGAAGUCACUUCAGUUAGGGCUGGUUCCCUUCAUGAAGCCAGAUAACUGCAACAGAUGCAGGUCUCAAUCAUAUAUAGACAUGAUUCCUGGAGACAGGAAACUGAUUGUCCUUCCCUGAGCCUAUUAUUAAUAGAGGAUCUAUAUAUAAUAGACAUUUCCAUGGCAUUAUCCAUUAGACAUCACCUUUAAUCUCAUCACCGAGUGUAGGAUCAUGUGCCACCUACUUAAUCUAAUUCUUGGUGUGAGGAAAAUGAUUACAACAAGAGCCUUAGACUGACCAUAUGGAGUGCAACUCCUGUUGGCAAGUCCACCUCCAUAAGCACUACAAACACUUAGGACAAUGCCUGGCACCUAGUAAGUACUCAAUAAAAUUUAACUACUAUCAUUGUGUUCCAUAUCUUGCCUAUAUUCUUAAGUCUUGUAAUCCUGUUGGUCUCUCAUAUUUUCACCACUUGCUUCAGCAGUUAGAUUUGUAUUCUGUUAUUGUUAUAUUUAUCAGUUGCUUUUUUCUAGUCUGAGUAAUGUAAUAAAAUAAAUAAUUAUGUAGGCAGGAAAAGGUAAGUAAUCUUCUAGCAUCUUAUUUGCUUUGAAACCUUGUUGAUCUAUUUGUAAGAAUGUAUCUGAGUUUUCACUUCUCCCCUUAGUCAUCUUGUAUGGCUGUGUUUCUUACGCAUCUCUGGUGGAGUCCACACAGAGAAACAUAAUUCAAUAAAAUUAAUUGUAUCGUUGAUGUCAUAGAGGACUGUGUGCAGUCUUAGGGCUCUAAUGCAAAACUUUUUAAUGUGUUUAUUAGGAAAGUUAUUUU